GACGGGCCAGGACAGCCACGCGCUGCUGCCGGCCGGCCAGAGGCAGCUGCUGAAGUGGAGCGUGCCGCUGGGCCACGUGGCGGUCGUCGAGUACGGCCACCCCGAGGGCGCCGCCGAGCACCCCCCCGAGAGCCUGGCUGUGGUGGCCAACGCCAAGCCACUGGCGGGCGCGGGCCCAGCCACCGCCUCCCGUGCGUGUCUUGCAGACAGAGUCCACGUGGGGCCCGGGCAGCUGUACCAGGACCUGCAGAACCUGCUGCACGACCUCAACGUGGUGGGGCAGAUCGCGCAGCUCGUGGGGGACCUGCGGGGGCACUACCAGAACCUGAACCAGGCCGUGGCCCACGACUGGGCGUCCGGGCUGCAGAGGCUGGUCCUGCGGAAGGAGGAGGAGAUCCGCGCGGCCGACUGCUGCCGGCUCCAGCUGCAGCUCCCGGGCAAGCAGGACAAGUCCGGGCGGCCCACCUUCUUCACGGCCGUGUUCAGCACCUUCACGCCCGCCUGCAAGGAGUCCUGGCUCAGCAGCCUGCAGAUGGCCAAGCUCGCGCUGGAGGAGGACAACCACCUGGGCUGGUUCUGCGUGGAGGAUGACGGGAACCAGGUCAAGAAGGACCGGCACCCGCUCCUCCUGGGACACAUGCCGGUGACGGUGGCCAAGCAGCAGGAGUGCAAGAUCGAGUGUGCCGUCUACAACCCCGAGCCCCACCCGGGCCGCGCAGGCCGGCCGGACCCGACGGGCGCAGCCCAGGGCUUCCUGUGGAUCGGAAGUUGUACGGGUCAGAUGGGCCAGAUCGCCAUCGUCUCCUUCCACAACUCCAACCCCAAAGUCAUCGAGUGCUUCAACGUGGAGUCGCGCAUUCUCUGCAUGGUGCACACGCCCGCGGAGCGGGGCCCCCAGCCCAGCCCCGCCCUGGAGCCCGGGACCGCGGCCGGGAGUGCCCUGGGCGUCCCCACCGUCUGCCUGGGGACCGAGGAAGGAAGCAUCUCCGUCUACAAAAGUAGCCCAGGCGCCAAGAAAGUGCGGCUGCAGCAGUUCUUCACCCCCGACAAGGCCACGGUCAUGAGCUUGGCCUGCACGCCGCGCAACCUGUACGCGGGCCUGGUCGAUGGGGCCGUGGCCGUCUACGCAAAAGCACAAGACGGAUCCUGGGAUUCCGAGCCUCAGAAAGUGAUAAAGUUGGGCGUGCUGCCAGUCCGGAGCCUGCUGAUAGCGGAGGACACCCUGUGGGCGGCCUCGGGAGGCCAGGUCUCCAUCGUCAGCGUGGAGACGCACGCCGUGGGGAGCCAGCUGGAGGCCCACCAGGAGGAGGGCAUGGUGGUCUCGCACAUGGCCAUUGCUGGUGUGGGGAUUUGGAUCGCCUUCACCUCCGGGUCCACGCUGCGCCUGUUCCACACGGAGACCCUCAAACACCUCCAGGACAUCAACAUAGCCACGCCUGUCCACCACAUGUUACCAGGGCCCCAGCGGCUGUCCGUGACCAGCCUGCUCGUCUGCCACGGCUUGCUGAUGGUCGGCACCAGCCUGGGGCUCGUGGUGGCCCUGCCCGUCCCUCGUCUGCAGGGCAUCCCCAAAGUGACAGGGAGGGGCAUGGUCUCCUACCACGCACACCACGGGCCCGUCAAGUUCUUGGUCACGGCCACCGCCGCGCCCAGGGCCGACAAGGACAAGCCCGCGGACAGCCCGCCCCCGGGCCCGGACCCCCCGGAGGAAGACCGGAAGGACGCCGCCCCCGGUGAGGGGGCCGGGCCCUGCCCGAGCCCGGGCGGCCCCGACGCCGUGUGGCUGGGGGGUUCGCUGGGCUCCGUGACGCACAGGAGCGAGCUGUCGGGGUCGUCCGGGUCCCUGGAGCCCAGGCCCGAGGACAGCAUCCUCCACGACCUCCUGCGGCACCCCAGCACCCUGCCGGGGGGAGGGCGCCGCGCCCGCAGGGCCAGGGUCAGCUCGGUGCUGGUGGCGUGCGGGGGCCAGGGCCACCGGCGGGUGGGCAGGAGGCCCCGGCAGCAGCGGCCCGAGGAGCUGGCCUCCUCCAUCAUGGUCUGGCAGAUCCCCCUGCUGCACGUGUGACGGGACCACUCAGAGCAGCUUCGGGAAGACAUGUGCAAUAUCGGGGGGGUGGCGGCACCCCUGCCUUCUCCCUGCGGAGAACUGGACCAAGGCGAGCAGGCAGGACAUGCGGUGGGAGCCCUCCAGGCCCUGGGGCUCCCCGCGCUCGACCGCCACUGCCACCCGCCAGCACGACCUCCACCCCUUCCCACACCUUCCCGUCCCGUUGCUAGGGGCCUUGCGAGCCGCGCCCACGGGAAAUGCGGCGUGUUCCGCGGAGUGGGGGCUCGCUGCCAGUUCCUAAAACGCCCUUCCGGCUCAGAGCCGCUGUGUAUUUAUAUUGUGCGUCUUCAUUCCGGGAGGAACCUGAGGCAGUGACGAAAGCCGGGCGGUGUCACUGGCUUUCUGACUCGAGCUGGGUUUCCCGAGGGGUCUCGUGUGCCUAUUGUAUGUUUUAACAAAGUAGUAUUUUUAUAUUGCAUUUUUCUAUUAAAAACUAACAGCUAAUUCUUAGUGCAUAUAUUAUCGGAAA